AUGUCAGUUUUUAUUCCUAAACGCAAAAAUGAUCAGUAUAGAGAAGGGCAUACGUCCUUUCUAGCUAGGUCUCAUAAGGCUACUUGCCCAGUUUCUAUCACCGAAAGGUUACUUAAGCUUUUCCCUUCAACUUGUGAGUCAUCUUCGCCCCUCGUUAGGCGAAUCGUUAAAACUAAGUCUAGGGAGUGUUUUCAUGCUUCGAGAGGAGUUUCAUAUUCAACGCUAAGAGAUGAAUUUAAGAAAUUUGUUAAAUUUGUAGGUGACAUUGCUCUUUACGGCACGCACAGUAUAAAGUCUGGUGCCGCCUCAAAUCCUGCUUGUCGGAGUGUUUCCGCUGAUCUGCUAGAUAUGCAUGCUGGC